AUGGGGCAAGCCAAGCGGAAAGCCAAAGAGACGCCUAGAUCAAGAUGUCUCGGACCUCUUCCCAAAUGGCAUGAGGAACGACAAGUUCGAAUCAGCAGCACCAGAGCACAUGCCAUCCGCACAGCAGGACUCAUCGUGCUUCCAGAGCAGCCGUGGUUGUGCUGCAGCCCAGAUGGCCUUGUGAAAAUGGGCGGUGAAACUGUGCUUAUCGAAAUUAAGUGCACAUACAAGUACAAACAGGAACCUUUCGUCAAAUACGAAGAAAGACUAAGCUUGCUUCCCUAUAUAGAGUUCAGUGGGGGCCUGAUUAUUCUCAACACGACGCACAGCUAUUAUACACAAAUUCAGGUACAAAUGUACGUCCUGAACUCGCAGAGGGCUCUUCUUUAUGUGUACAGUCCCAAGCACUCUGUAAUAGUGCAUGUAAAUCGGGACGAUGCUUUUCUUUGGGACCUUAUACCCAAGUUGGAACGUUUUUAUUUCAAAUUUUUUAUUCCGUCAUUGUUGUAA